AUGACUAAGGUUUAUGACCUGGUCGAUACGGAUGAUUGGACGGGAAUCGAGGAAGCGGUGGUUCCGCCGUUGUCGCCGAUCGACUAUGGUGCGACAUACUUUGUUGAACAGAGCUUGGUCGUCUUUUACCAGCAGCUGGUAGCACCGUACCGACUUCGGGUCGACAACCUGACCGUAUCGUUUUGGAACGGUAUCGUUCUGAGUGCCGUCUUGCACCGUUGUUGUCCCGGUCGAUUUAAUGAUUUUUUCGACAUGAAGCCUUCGAACGCAAGGCAGAACCUUUGCUUUGCUUGUCACCAUAUUCGCAAGCUGUGGCACAUUGAACCCCCGACGUCGUUGAACAAGAAGGAAAUGUUUUUGUACCUUAGCAAGAUCUUCUGCUACCUGCAGCACACAGAGGUACCGGCUGCUGAUAUAUUUUUAGUUAAGGGUCAGAGCCAUUCGGCCGAUGUCCCUCCAUCUUUUGGUCGUCGUAAUGUCCGUGAGAAAAAACUGAUGGACUCGACGACCGAGCGCAAUCUUACCAGGAAAUCACAGACCGCAACUCGUUGCGGAGAUUCAUCUGCUCAAACUGCUCCCUUGAAUCAGGAGCGUUUAGAAAAAGCAGACGCGAUUAUCUUUAACCCUGGCGGUAACCGUACGUCCAAGGGAUCCCUGUCACAUUACAGAACUCACAAGCUGGACGACGAACGGUUGUUGAGAGUGGAUAACAUGCUAAGGGGAAGGAAUGAUGCCUCAACGGGUGCUUGCAGGAGUCGAUACGGAGCUGGUCGAAGGCCGCCGAUCAUUUGCCGGAAGCUCGACCCUCAGGAAAUUUUGGACAUGGAACGGAAGCUGAAGCUGACUGCUUUGGGAUGCCUUCUGUACCACCGGAAAGAGCCGAACAUAAGCUCGAAGGAUGCGAAGAUUAUUGCGGAGAAAACUUCGCUGUUGAAAGCCAGGGCGCAAAAUGGCUUUAAGGAGCCUACCGGACGUUUCAGUGAAUUUGAUCGAACGGCGAAGAUGCUCGACCAGCACCUACGGCUGCCGAAUAAAACCGGCGCCUUCAGCGUUGCGCAGUUGGCCAAGCUGCACAGCAACAAGAUCGGUGAGUUCGCUUCGCCGAAGCGCAGACCGCCGGUCCCUCUGCCUCCUCAGGCGAGGCAAGUGCCUUCAGGGUCUGAGUUAGCGCGACGGUCACCGCCGCAUAUGCAGCCCUCUCUGCCUCACGCUAGUUGCAUGGUGUGCGGUGCCGCCGUGUACUUGGCCGAACGGGUUUGCAUCGAAAACAACGUUUGCCACCGCGAGUGUUUCCGCUGCGCCUACUGUCAUUGCCACCUUCGCCUUAACGGAUUUGGCUCAGAGUACAUCGACGCACUUGGCAAACACAUCUUCUGUCUUCGCCAUUUGAACCUGCCACUUAACGAGAAGAUACAAUGCGUCACCGCCGGCAGAACCGUUGAACAGUGCCAAAAGCGUACCGGAACAUCUUCAAAACCUGAUUCAUCGGCGCAGUCAGUGGAACGUUUCCAAAAUCAAGAUCAGUUCGAGUCGUGGUAUUCUGACGAUGAAAAGGGGUCCAUUAAGUCUUUCGAUUUUCCAUCUGAUGCUUCGUACACGAAUUUCGCCUUUACUUCUCCCAACGAUGAGGACGACGACGGUGGCCACCAGACGUUGUUCGCAUCAUCUGCAGGCUUCGUCCAAAAUCAGUCUGACGAAAUUUUCAAGGAAAACAGCUCUUCCGAAGAGGAACCGGUUCAAGGACAAAUUAAAGCUACUUCCAGUAUGGUUGAUCUUCGUGUGAAUUUAGGCGCCGAUGCGGAAUUCUCAACCUUUUGUCUGUCGAGACGGAAGGCUCGUUCUCUUCCUUCUUGCAUGCAUGCUUGA